UUGACGUUUCCAGCGUGCUGUCUUGAGUGAAGUUAGCAAAAUAAACAUGUGAAACUUUUGCUGAUAACCGAAUUGUAUUUGACCUCAACUUUCUGUAUAACACUAGCUUAAGAUACAGUUGUCUUCAGCAAGAUUAAAGACCAAGCCACCAUGGCCUCACCUGCUGGACCUGUGGAUGCCAAGGCAGAACUGACCUCCUUGCUGGACAAAUGGGAGGCAGCGAAGCAAGGAAGCACAGAAGAGCUGGUUUCCAUCCUCACCAAAAUCUCUGAGCUGAUUGAGCAGGAGACAGAGGAGUACCACAAGGCUGAUCCUGACCCUUUUGAUGACCGCCAUCCAGGAAGGGCUGAUCCUGAAGGCAUGUUAGGACAUUUACUCAAAACCCUUUUCAAGAAUGACGACUUCACAAAUGCGCUGUUAAACAGCUAUGUGAUGACCAGUAGAGAGUUAUCGAUGAACACUGCAGCCUGUCGCCUCCUUCAGAACAUCAUGCCAGGUCUAGAGACAGCUGUGGUCUUUCAGGAAAAGGAGGGUCUGGUUGAGAAGCUGUUUCAGUGGGCUGAGGAGUCAGAGCUGCCUCUGUCCAUCUAUGCUACAGGCUUACUGGCUAGAGCCAUGGAGAACCAAGAGAUAGCAGCCAACUACAGGGAGGAAAACUCUAAGCUGGUGCCAGUCAUGUUGUCAAGGCUACGUGAACUGCAGGACAAAGAAUCAGAGAGCCAACAGGCUCUAAAACAGAGCGGCUCACAAAAGACCUCCCAGUCCCAUGGUGCUCUGGAAGAGCAUCCGACGGGCCCAGACAGCUCCACUCAGCAGGUUGCUGCUCCAGCAGCGAUGGAAGAGGAGGAUGAGGUGGAGAAGACCAAGGACAGGGGAGGAGAGACACUGUGUGGCAGCACCAGAACCCCUGCCUUGUCCAGACCCAAGCCCUCCUUCCACCUGGGCAAGGCCCAGAAGACCAGAGGCUGUGUGUCGGUGAAACCCGUCCCAGACCCCCUGUACCAGCCGGCUACAUGCCCAACGCCAGGCCUCCAAGUCAGCCUGGGAGAACCUGACACCAGGGGGCAGGAGUCUGGAGGAGCUCUGGGGAAGAGGAGAGCAGCCACGGCCAGGGAGUGUGGGAGGAAGGCCAAACAGAAACUCCAUUUCACAUCGGCAUCCUCUGCAGACCCAGAGAGUGGCUCAUCCAGCAGUACCGGUAUCGAUCCGUCUACCAACAGCAGUACCGGUAUCGAUCUGUCUACCAACAGCAGUACCGGUAUCGAUCCGUCUACCAACAGCAGUACCGGUAUCGAUCCGUCUACCAACAGCAGUACCGGUAUCGAUCCGUCUACCAACAGCAGUACCGGUAUCGAUCCGUCUACCAACAGCAGCUGGUCGGAGAUGAGCUCCUGGGUGAUCGGGACGAACUACAGCCUCUACCCUCUGACCCCUGCCAUGGAGCAGCGUCUUAUCCUCCAGUACCUCACCCCCCUGGGAGACUACCAGGAGGUAGGGACUGGACCCCAUCAUCGCCCCCCACUUAAUCUGCUGGCUGUUUUCAUGCAGAUGGAGACCAGAGAUCUCCUGAUGCGCUACAUCGACCUGAAAAACACCAACGAUGUGCAGCUCACCUUCGACUCACUCCUGUACCUCGCCUCCCUUCUUCUGCACAAGAAGUUUGCUGCUGACUUCAUUGCUCAUGGAGGGGUGCAGAAACUGCUUGACGUCCCCCGGCCCUCCAUGGCUGCCACAGGCGUGUCGUUGUGUCUCUACUAUCUGGCUUAUAACCAGGACGCCAUGGAGAGAGUGUGCAUGCUUCCAGACAGUGUCCUGUCCGACAUGGUGGCCUAUGCCUUGUGGCUUCUGGAAUGUUCCCAUGCUUCGGGCUGCUGCCACGCCACCAUGUUCUUCUCCAUCUCCUUCUCCUUCAGAGCCAUCCUGCGGCUGUUUGACCAACAGGACGGUCUACGGAGGCUGGUCAACUUGGUCAGCACGUUAGAGAUCCUGAACGUGGACGACCAGGGAUCCAUGUUGACUGACGACCAGGUGUUCUCCAGUCGGCAGACAGCCAAGCACACCUGCAUGGCCUUGAGGAGGUACUUCCAAGCCCAUCUGGUGAUCAAGGUGGAGCAGGUCAAACAGUCCCUCCAGAGGACUGAAGGUGGCGCUCAAGUUCACCCACAGCCAUACUACAAGGCGUGUUCCUACAGCCAUGAUCAGGUGGUAGAAAUGAUGGAGUUUUUGAUAGAGUGUGGUCCAGCCCAGCUCCACUGGGAGCCAGUCGAGGUCUUCUAUAAGCUGUCAUGUGUUCCACUCCUGUUACAACUCAUCUCCAUAGCCUGUGACUGGAGGACUUAUUACGGCAGGUCUGACACGGUCCGUUUUGGUCUGGACAUCCUGGCCAUGUUGACCGUGGUUCCUAAGGUCCAACUGCUGCUUGCUGACACUGUGGAUGUUCUGGAUGAAUCAGGAUCCACUGUUGGUAUGAGUGUAAUCCUGGGCGUGGCUGAGGGAGAGGUGUUUGUGAAUGAUGCAGAGAUCCAGAAAUCAGCCCUCCAGGUGGUCAUCAACUGUGUGUGUGCCCCUGAUCAAACCGCCACGUCCGUGCGCAGCUUCCUGCGCCGUCGCCGGGUGAGCCACGAGAGCGUGCUCACCAAGAUGUGGAAAAUAGUGCAGGCCAACAACGGCAUCAAGGUUCUCCUUGGACUCCUCACGGUGAAGAUGCCCAUCACAGACGCCGACCAGAUCCGUGCGCUGGCCUGCAGAGCCCUGGUGGGUCUGUCUCGCUCGGCUGCCGUCAGGCAGAUCAUUUCCAAGCUGCCCCUCUUCUGCUCCUCACACAUCCAGCAACUGAUGAAGGAACCCGUGCUGCAGGACAAACGCUCCCAACACGUCCGGUUCUGCCGCUACGCUGCUGAGCUUAUAGAGAGGGUGUCAGGUAAACCCCUGCUGGUAGGGACCGACGUGUCCCUUGCUCGGCUCCAGAAGGCAAACGUUGUGGCCCAGUCCCGGAUCACCUUCCCAGAGAAAGAGCUGUUGCUUCUCAUCAGGAAUCACCUGCUAGCUAAAGGCCUCCAGGAUACUGCCUCAGCCCUCACCCUUGAGGCUGACCUCCCCUCUGGCCCCCUCUCCAUGUCUCUCCCCCUCUCCUCCUCUUCUCACUUUCCCUCAGUAGUGCCGUCCCCAGUCUCCUCAUCUGCUGUAUUACCCAGAACCCCACGGGGCAUGUCCAACGGGGGACCCACUGCUCGCCUGACUGCAGUAAUGCCUUUGUCAUCUUCCAUGGUCCAGACGCCGCGCCCCUCCACCUCCUCUUCCACCUCCAUCCCUCCUCUUUCCACCCCCCAUGGCCCACCUCCCCUGGGCUCGCCUCAGAUUGGGAGGAUCCUGUUUACACGGGAGCGCUCCUCGGUUCCCAGCAGCCCGGGGCCCUGCGGUAGUGUGAAGAGGCAUUCCAGGGUGCUGAGGCAGAAGUCGGACCACGGAGCUUUCAGCCAGAGUCCGGCCAUGAAGAAACAACUAGACCGCCACCUGCCCUCCCCACCCGCCCUGGACAGCAUCAUCACAGAGUACCUCAGAGAGCAGCACGCCAGGUGUAGAAAUCCUGUUACAACCUGUCCUCCCUUCUCCCUGUUCACUCCCCAUCGCUGCCCGGAGCCCAAAGAGAGACGUCAGGCCCCCACUAACUUCACCUCCAGACUCUCCAACCGAGUGCUGUAUCCUAAGCAUGGUGGUGUGGAAGGAGGUUGCCUGGACAGACACCUCAUCUUCAGCAGGUUCCGGCCCAUCUCAGCCUUUAGAGAGGCUGAGGGCGAUGAGAGCGGAUUCACCUGCUGUGCCUUCUCAGCUCGUGAGCGUUUCCUGAUGCUGGGGACGUGUAUGGGACAACUGAAGCUGUACAAUGUGUUGAGCGGUCAAGAAGAGGCCAGCUACAGCUGUCACACCUCAGCCAUCACUCACCUAGAGCCUUCACGGAAUGGCUCUCUGCUGCUGACGUCAGCGUCCUGGAGUGUUCCUCUGUCCACCCUCUGGAGCAUGGAAUCUGUCUUCCAGAUGAAGCAUUCCUUUUCGGAUGAUCAUUACGUAGAGUUCAGCAAAAUGUCAGAAGACCGUGUCAUUGGUACCAAGGACCAAGUAGCCCAUAUCUAUGACAUUCAGACUGGCCAGAAGCUGCUGACUUUGAACGACCCCGCCCUUGCCAACAACUACAAGAGGAAUUGUGCAACCUUUAACCCUAGCGAUGACCUUGUGCUGAAUGACGGGGUCAUGUGGGAUGUGCGUUCCGCCCGGGCCAUACACAAGUUCGACAAGUUCAACAUGAACAUGAGCGGAGUGUUCCAUCCCAACCGUCUUGAGGUCAUCAUCAACACUGAGAUUUGGGAUCUGAGAAGCUUCCAUCUUCUCCACACGGUUCCUGCCUUGGACCAAUGCAGACUGGUGUUCAACCACAAUGCCACCGUCAUGUACGGAGCCAUGCUCCAGGCUGAUGAAGAUGAUGAUGUGAUGGAUCAACAGAUGAAGAGUCCGUUUGGCUCUUCCUUCAGAACCUUUGAUGCUACUGACUAUAAGCCUAUUGCCACUGUGGAUGUGAAGAGGAAUAUAUUUGACCUGUGUACUGACAAUCGGGACUGCUACCUGGCUGUUAUUGAGAACCAGGACUCCAUCAGCAUGGACACGGUGUGUCGUCUGUAUGAGGUGGGGCGACAGAGACUGCCUGAGGAGGGGGAGGAUGAUGAAGACCAGGAGGAAGACGAUCAGGAUGAUGACGAUGAUGACGAUGAAGACUCGGAUGAUGAUUUGGAUGACCUGGACACUGAUCCGCUAUUUGCUGCCCUGAAUGAGAGAGCAGACGGCGAACAGGAGGACGCUGUGGCCAGGCUGCUUGAUGGUGAUGAUGACGAUGAUGAUGAUUCUAACAAUGAUGCAGAGAUUGACCUGGGAUCCGACAGUUCGGACAGCUCAGACGGCAGCACGGACACCUCAGACCUGGAGGACCAGCUCUUCCUGUCUAUAGGUGACUGAACAGGAAACAGGAAAGUGACCACAACCAGGAAAGGUCAAAGUGACUGAACAAGUAUCCAUCCAUUGUCAUUUUGGCUUUAGGAACCAACUACAACACCCUGUGAAUGUGAUGUUAAUAAGAACAUAUUUAAUCAAUCAGUGGUGUCUAAUGUGUGUCAGCUGUGAGUCGAGAGAUUGUGAAUGAUUGAGUUUUUUCUGUCUGGUGCUUGAUACCAAUACCAACCCCCAGUUACUCCUGGGUUGUGUUGUUCUGCCAAACAAAAUGCUUAGUUUGUGAAACAUUUGACCCCAAAAUAAACAAACAGCCCAACCGGAAAGCACCAACAGAAAGUCUAUUUUUUUAAAUGUUUUGCAGCUAAAACGUUUUGUUCGACGGGGAACAAAUCCAUUGUAAAUCAUAAGAUAAUGCGUUACGUUUGUCUUUGUCUCUCCUAUUCAGUCAUUUUUUGGGGUGAUCUAAUUUCACUGCGACUGAAUAUCAGGACUAUCUUUACAAGACAUGAUGUGUGAUAGUUUGAACUGUACAGAAUUUUUUUUUUUUGUCCAUUAAUAUAAAUUUAUUUUCCUUUUUGACCCUUGUUUGUAUUGUUUGAAGCUUCAGUGUGUAGAUUUGAUGUUUUAAUCGAUAACUGUACAAUAUUGUGUGCUACUGAGUUAUUGAUAAAACUCUCCCUCCAACAGUGCUGAUUCAAACUA